AGCAGCUGGAACUCCUAAAAAGGGCAAACAAGUUUGCUUUUUUGUUUGCUCUCGGGGCGUUCCUUGCUAUUGUUAUUUCAGGUGGACAGGGAAGUCUCCUUGUCAUCCAAACAGGUGCAAAAGAGGAGGUGCUUGGGCACAUUUUUUACUUCCCUGCAGCACAGACGCCUUUCAUUCUUUUUUCUCAGUGAGCACCUUGUUCCUCCUCUCUUCUGUUUGUUUGGUGGGUGCUGGAGUUUUCCUCUGCUCCUUUUCCUGGACCCUCCCCCUGUUAAUCUCUGUCUGUGCUUCACUGGAGCCUUUGCUGCUGCACUGAACAAUGCCGUACACAUACCGGGACUCGAGACCACGAUCUCCCCCUCUACCUCAGAGCGCUCAGGCCACACACUCCUCUGGCCAGACGUAUGAGGAGCUGAAGCGCCAGUGCCAACAAAGGGGGACCCUAUUUGAGGAUUGUGACUUCCCAGCCAAUUGCUCCUCUCUCUUCUACAGUGAGAAGCCAUCCAUCCCCUUUGUAUGGAAAAGGCCUGGGGAAAUUGUUAAAGACCCAGAGUUUGUAGUUGGAGGAGCCACAAGAACUGACAUUUGUCAAGGGGAUCUUGGUGACUGCUGGCUGUUAGCAGCUAUAGCUUCCCUUACAUUGAAUGAAAACACAUUAGCCAGAGUUGUACCUCAAGAUCAAAAUUUUGGACCAGGUUAUGCUGGAAUAUUUCACUUUCAGUUUUGGCAGCACAAUGAGUGGCUGGAUAUUGUUAUUGAUGACCGAUUACCCACCUUUAAAGACCGCUUGGUUUUUCUGCACUCGGCCGAACACAAUGAAUUCUGGAGUGCCUUACUGGAAAAAGCCUAUGCCAAACUGAAUGGAAGUUACGAAGCCCUAAAAGGAGGCAGUACUCUCGAAGCCAUGGAAGAUUUCACUGGAGGAGUUGGAGAAAUGUAUGACGUCAAACAGGCUCCAGACAACUUCUAUGAAAUCUUAGGAAAAGCUCUUAAAAGAGGGUCAAUGGUGGGCUGUUCAAUUGAUACCACCAGCGCUGCUGAGUCAGAAGCUCGAACCCCCUUUGGCCUCAUAAAGGGUCAUGCUUAUUCCGUAACUGGCAUUGAUGAGGUGACCUACCAAGGCCGAAAGGUGCAACUCAUAAGGCCAAGAAAUCCAUGGGGGCAAGUGGAGUGGAAUGGCCGUUGGAGUGACAAUUCUCCUGAAUGGAAGGCAGUCAGCCCGUCGGAGCAAAAACGUCUAUGUCAGACAGCACUAGAUGAUGGAGAGUUCUGGAUGACCUUUGAAGACUUCAAAACACAUUUUGAUAAAGUUGAGAUUUGCAACCUAACUCCAGAUGCUCUUGGGGACAAUGCUACCAACAAGUGGGAAGUGACAGUCCAUCAAGGGAGCUGGGUCAGGGGGUCCACUGCUGGAGGGUGCAGAAAUUUUCUAGACACUUUUUGGACAAAUCCACAGAUCAAGCUGCGUUUGACGGAGAAAGAUGACGGAAAAGACGAAUGCACGUUUAUAGCAGCUUUGAUGCAAAAGAAUCGGCGUAAACUCAGGAAACUAGGUGCUGAAAUGCUGACAAUUGGCUAUGCUAUUUAUGAGAGCCCUAGCAAAGAUGAACACUUGAACAAAGACUUUUUCAGAUACCAUCCCUCCAAGGCAAGGAGCAAAACCUAUAUCAACUUAAGAGAAGUGUCUGACCAAUUCAGGCUGCCACCUGGGGAGUAUGUUCUUGUUCCUACUACUUUUGAACCACACCAGGAAGCUGACUUCUGCCUCAGAAUCUUCUCUGAGAAAAAAGCCAUCACGCAGGAUAUGGAUGGAAAUGUUGAUAUUGAUCUACCAGAGCCCCCUAAGCCAACCCCACCACAAGAAGAAACCGAAGAAGAAAAACAGUUCCGGGCAUUGUUUAAACAGGUUGCGGGAGAGGACAUGGAGAUAACUGCAGAGGAACUUGAAUAUGUUCUGAAUGCCGUAUUAAAAAAAGCAAAGGACAUCAAAUUUGACAAAGUAUGCCUCAUGACAUGCAGAAACAUCAUCUCUCUUAUGGAUUCCACUGGUAACGGGAAACUGGAAUUUAAUGAGUUCAAGAUUUUCUGGGACAAACUGAAGAAGUGGCUAAGUAUCUAUCUUCAUUUUGAUUCUGAUAAAACCGGCACCAUGUCUUCCUAUGAGCUUCGUAGUGCCCUAAAAGCUGCAGGAUUUCAACUCAAUAAUUACCUGCUACAGCUGAUUGUCCUCAGAUAUUCUAAUGACCAGUAUGAAAUUGAUUUUGAUGACUUCCUAAACUGCUUAAUUCGCCUAGAGAAUGCAAGCCGAGUAUUCCUGGAACUAACUAUGAAAAACAGAGAAUUCAUUAACCUGAAUAUAAAUGAGUUUAUCACCCUUGCAAUGAACAUUUGAAGAUCUCCAACCUGGAUUUCAGCAAGAUCUCUUGACUGGGCCACUCAGACCUCCAACCAAAGAGCUGUUCCCCUUUCUGUGCAAAUGUAUACAAGUGCUACGGUGCAAGGGGAACACUUAUUCUUCCCACUCCUUCUCUUCUCCAGUCCCGUUGCAUUAAUGAAUAAAAUCUUGAUGGGAUUAAAUUUGCUUUAGUUUGUAUAAAGAUUAAUAUUGAUUGCUACAGUGUAAAUAAGCAUUUGGAUGGGGCGCUUGCACAUUUCAAGCAGCCUGAAACUGAUAUUUGUGAGGGACCAAUGCCUUUUAUGAAGUGUAGACAUGUUGCCCCAAUAUACUUAUUCAUUGCAUGGAAACUCUCAUUGUUGCUUGUCCACAGCAGUGUUUCUCAAAACUUUUUUUAUAAAGUACCCAUUUUUUAAAAAAAUUAUAAGUACCUCCCCCUACCUACAGUUUUCAGAUACACACAUUUUUUUCUACUA